AUGGCAUCAGCUCUGAAGCUGGGCGCCGGUGCGCUUCGUGAAUUGCGUAUUCAUUUGUGUCAGAAGUCACCGGCAAGCGCGGGUGUGAGACAGUUCAUUGAACAAGAUUAUGUACCGCUGAAGAAAGCCAACAAGGAUUUUCCGAUUCUGAUCCGCGAAUGCUCUGGCAUCUUACCGAGAAUAUGGGCCAGGUACGACUAUGGCGUUGAGUUAAGCGAAUCGUUGGAAAACAUGCCGCGUGAAAAAGUCUCGACUAUUAUCGAGAAUUUAGCCAAGAAAGGUGGUGUUCGAGUUUGA